UUAUUUUCAAAAAAUGCAUUAAUAUUGGACACUGAGCUGGAUGUCGGUGUUACUUACAUUUACAAACCAUUAGACAUAAUAAGAAAUUGGGCAGAUGUGAAUAUGGAAAUUUGUUCAAAUGAAGAUGAAUCAAGAAUGAUGAUGGAUGUUGGCGCAACAAUAGAUGGGUGGGAAAUCUUUGCUCAUGAAAACUGUUUUGUUCAGCCAUCAACAAGUUUGGAGUUGGGGUCUUGUAUCUUGGGUGAUAAUGAAGGACGUAAAGGACUGCACUGGGAGCUUUUUACUAUGCGACAGCCACACCCCAGAGCUUUUUAUUGGACUCAAGUUUUGAAUAUGCCAUUACCAUCACGAAAUUCUAAAAAGAGUUUUCUAACAUUUACACCGCUUUUGGAAACUGUUUUUACCUUAGCACUUGGGUUAGAAGAGACAUCAGAAAAUAUUCGUAAAGUGAAUCAAACCAUUGCGGAAAUAUGUUUUGGUGAUGCCUUUUCUUUCUCCGAAGAUAUAACAGAUUUUAAUAAUAGGUAUGUUACUAUUAAUUUUCAAGAAGAUGCUCAACACAUAGAUCUAAAGGAAUUGGCUUCUCCAUGA